UAUUCAAAAUGUCUUUGUCCGUGACAUCCAAAACAUUCAAAUUGAACACCGGUGCUUCAAUUCCUGCCGUGGGAUUGGGAACCUGGAGAGCCACCGAAGCAGAUGCUGCUUAUAAGUCUGUCAAAACCGCUUUGCAAAAUGGCUACAGACACAUUGAUACCGCUGCUAUAUACGGAAAUGAAGAAGAAGUAGGAAGAGGGAUCAAGGAUUCGGGUGUCCCCAGAAGUGAGAUUUUUGUCACCACUAAAUUAUGGAACAAAAACCACAAGGAUGUCGAAGGUGCUUUGAACGAGUCGUUAUCCAAAUUGGGCUUGGACUACGUCGACUUGUACUUGAUUCACUGGCCACACUCCACCGACCCAGUCACCGGAAAGGAUUACACCGAUUGGGACUAUGUGGACACUUACAAGGAGUUGCAAAAAGUUUACAAAGCCAGCAACAAAAUCAAGGCCAUCGGAGUGUCCAACUUCACGAUUGCCAAGAUCGAAAGGCUUUUGGCCGAUAAAGAUGUGACGGUGGUGCCUGCUGCCAACCAGGUCGAGUUGCACCCCUUGUUGCCUCAGGACCGGUUGUUGAAGUACUUGAAUGAAAAGGGUAUUUACGCUGAAGCGUACUCGCCUUUAGGUUCCAACGAUUCGCCAUUGUUCAAGAACGGUACUGUGGUUUCAAUUGCAAAGAAGUUUGACAUCGAACCAGCACAGGUGUUGAUCUCAUGGGCUGUCCAAAGAGGUACUGUAGUUUUGCCCAAGUCUGUGACUGCAUCGCGGGUGAUUUCCAACUUGAAGACGUUGGUGUUGCCGGACGAGGAGUUUGAGCAGUUGAGCAAGUUAUCCGAGAAGGACGGAGUGGUUAGAACUUGUGACCCAGGCUGGCACACGUACGAUGACGACCUUGCCUAGGUGUGUAGUUGUUUUUGUAAUUGUAUACAAAUGAAAUAUUAGUGCAGUUGCAUUCAAAUGUGCCAG